AUGUACGAGGAGCGUGCGUCAUGGGUGCCCGCGUUUUGCGAUGAUGUGUUCAUGGGUGGGCUACUACGUACCACUUCCCGUUCAGAGGCGGAGAAUAGGAUUUUCCAGGGUAACAUGAACAAGCACCUAUGCCUGGUAGAGUUUUUCACCCGCUUCGAGCGUGCGGUAAGAAAACAACGAAAGAACAACCUAGAACUGACCGCAAGUUGCAUCGGACAAACACCAGUUUUUGAGACACAACUACGAAUAGAGCGAUCAGCUGCAACAGUGUACACUUUGACUAUUUUUUAUGAGGUCCAAAAGGAAAUAAGUGCAGGGUGUUUUAAAUGUCGAGUUCGAUCAUUCACUGAGGCAGAAGGGUUGAAGACAUAUAUGGUUGAGGAUGAAAAUGAGCAACGAUACAUAGUCAUAGUGCAAGAUGGGAGCAACAUAGCAUGCACAUGCAGAAUGUACGCAAGAGUUGGUCUCCUUUGUAGCCAUGUUUUUGUCGUACUCAAAGAUGAACGUAUCGAUGACAUCCCCCCACAACAUAUUACACCCCGAUGGACGCGAGAAGCCGUGAAACACUCCCCUACUGAUACGGACGGAGAUAAACAGAAUGGUAACAACACUUUUGGGCACGACAACAAUGAGGAAGGACAACUAAUGAAUAUAUUUCGUAGAUGUUUGGGCAAGGCUAAAGGAAGACCAGAAAAAUGA